GUGUGCUGCUCAGAACGCAGUGGCUGCACCAUGCACAGCACUGGGAUCUUGGUGACCUCAGUUCAGCUGUUCAGGAUGUGCAGUAAAAUAAAGUUAUUUUUAGGGAGAGGGUCUUACACAUCAGCUCAACCUGCUUACUGUUUCUGAAGAAAUGUUAGUAGUCCUGCUCUUGCCUGGCUGUCCUCUGGCUUUGUCUGUGAAAAGCUUGUGAAACAUUGCGAACAGUGAUAAGAAAACAUAGUUGCAUGUUGUUUGGGAUUUUUAGGUUUGUUUCUCAGGACUGCUGAAAUGUUGUGUUUUCUGAGCUUACCACAGAAUCAUUUAGAUUGGGAAUUACGUCUAAGAUAAUUUUUCUUCCACUUGUUGAAAAAAAUUGCUGUAGGUCCCCUUGAGAGGAUAGGAAAUGUUGCUUAUUUUGUUCUUUUUUAGACUUGUGUUGGGGUCUCCUUACCAUCAGGAACAGAAUUCAUUUACCCUCCCAAUAACCUCAGUCAAUGAGGUGCCUGUAGCUGGGGAAUCAGAGGUGUGGGAGUCACAUUUGUCACUUCCAUUACAUUUGUUGGAUCAGCUCUGGUAUCAGUAAUUUGCACGAGGAUGAUUGGAACUGGUUUCUUAGCUGAUUUAGUGUAACUAGUACAAGAGGUUCAGUGAGCACUUUUCUUGGGUCAGACUAGCUUAUUUUGGGUCAGAUAAACAGAACCAGCAUAUUUCUACAACAAGGAACAGACUUUUAAUUUUCCUUUAUUUUGUUGUGAUAAUUGCAAAAGGUACCUUCAGUUGGACCCCAGUGAGAGUCUUGCAUAUGAGCUGAGUUUUUAGCCUACAAGUUAUCUCUUCACUUCUUGCCUCAUGCUAUGGGAAAUCGUGCUUUAUUUAUGUACUUAAGCAUUUAAAAACAGCUGGGAAACUGCUUUCAUCUUGCUUUGUGUGAUGGAAAUGAAUACAGAAAUACAGCAGGAGGUGAAGGAGACUUUGAAGAUGUAAAAUGAGUGGACUCUUUCCUAAUAGGUGCUAGUGAUGAUUUGGUAAUGGCAUAAUGAUGAUUUCAGUACUGAAUUAAAGUAGGGUGAAAUAAAAGCACUCCCUUAUGGAUACAUGCAUGUUUCUGUUGUGUAAGUUAGGGGUGUAGUGUUUAAUAGCAUCCAGUGCAGCUGCAGCAUUAACUGUGCCCCUGUUUUCCUUGAAACAGGAACAAGGCUAAUGUGAUGUGCUGGAAGCUCACGCCUUGGUUUGCAUUGUUGUAAUCUCUGUGAAAAUUCCCACCACGAAAGAAAGUUUGGAAAACAUACAAGAGAUACUUUCUAUUUAUGAUGUAUAAAAUCUGUAGUCCUUCACAAUGUUGUGUGAUGCAUAUCUGCUGUGACAAGCUUCUGACUCUCAGGGAAUGGCCUGGCAGUUUGAGCCCAGAGCUCUGAACAGCAAAACAAGAAAACAUCUGGUCUCUGUUGGUGUUUCAGAAACACUGGAAGACUAAUUAGUUGCAUAACCACUAAUAUAUAAUAAUCUGCACAGUGAGAUCAAAUAAGGAGCAGAAAUAUAGAGAUGCUUGACUGUUGUCUCAUAAUGACCCAGCGACCUGUGGCUGAGACUGUGUUUCAGUUCCUUGCCUUAACACCUGUCAAAAUGCAUCUUGUGCUUUUUGUACCUCUUUAUUAAGAAGUGCUAAUGCUCUGUUUGCUGGUAUGUGCUGUGGUUUCUUUAUGCCUAAAAAUAUAUUCUUCAGUGACAGAAUGAAGUUCCUGCUUGUCAGAGAUCACUGUCCUAAUUGUGGGGUUAAAGUGUGUUGGAGCUGCUGGGGAAGCAAUUACUUUGAACUUGAAUGGGAAGGUGAUGUUAUUGUUGAAGCAGCAGGGUAGAAGUAGGUUAAAUUUGUAGCAUGCAAGUCACUUAAUUUGCGGCUCUAAGUCUACAGAAAUGUGGCUUUUGUCUUGUGAACAAGUGGAACAGAUGUUGGGUGCUCUUGGACUGGGGGGUGUAUUUUUGUGUGUUUGGUUAGUUGGAGCCUCUUUUAUUUGUACCAUAGAAAUUCCAACAAUUGCAAGUUGAGAGCAUGUUUGGAAAUUGAACCACUGUUUUAACUACACAGCUGAGUGAAGAUGUGGAACGAGUAUCUGAAAAUCCAGCAGAGGAGAGAGAAGGAGAUAUGGAAGUUCAUGAAGAUUCCAGCUCUGUUAUUUUACCAGAUGGUGAGCUGGGUACCACUACCCCUUCUUUGCGUUUCAGCAAGACCUGCCUAAAGAAUGUUUUUUCAGUAAUUCUCCUGUUUAUUUAUCUGCUGCUCAUGGCUGUAGCUGUGUUCCUUGUCUACCAAACCAUCAGUGACUUCAGGGAGAAGCUCAAGCACCCAGUGAUGUCUGUCACUUACAAGGAAGUGUCCUUGUAUGAUGCACCUGGUAUUGCCUUUUACCCAGGCAAGGCUCAGCUGCUUAGCUGCAAACAUCAUUACUACGAUCACAUUCCACCUCUGAUAAAUCCAGGUCAGCCAGGAGACAUUGAAUGCACCACUCAGAGGAUCAACUACACAGAUCCUUUUACUAAUCAAACUAUGAAGUAUGCUUUGGUUGUUCAAGGCCCUCGUGAUGUGAAGAAAAGGGAACUGGUGUUUUUGCAGUUCUAUUUAAAUGAAACAGACCAAGAUUUUAGUGCCAUUGACUACCUGCUGUUCUCUUCAUUCCAAGAGUUUGUCAGCAGUCCAGAAAAAGCAAAAUUCAUGAAGGACUGUGAAAGCUCAUACUCCAGCUGGAAGUUUUCUGGAGGCUUCCGAACUUGGGUCAAGAUGUCCUUGGUCAAAACAAAAGAAGAAGAUGGUAGUGAGACUGUUGAAUUCAAACAAGAGACCAGUGUGGUUAACUACAUUGACCAGAGAACUAAACCAAGGAGUGACCAGCUGUUCUUUGUGGUGUUUGAAUGGAAAGAUCCUUUCAUACAGACUGUUCAGGAUAUUAUCACAGCAAAUCCCUGGAACAUGAUUGCUCUUCUUUGUGGUAUCUUUCUGGCCCUGUUUAAGGCAGCAGACUUUGCUAAGUUAAGUGUUAAGUGGAUGAUCAAAAUCCGAAGAAGGCAUCUGAAGAGGACUCGUCAAGUAACGAACCACAUAAGCUGAGACUGAGACUGCCUUUUAACUGUUCAUAGCAGGAGGGAUAGAAAAUAACUGGAAUAAUCUGCAAUCGGCAAUUAAAGCUGAAAAUCAGGUAUGUUUUCUUCCAGAGAGAUGCUGGCUGGAGGACCAGCCUUGGAACUGCAGAAGGAGCUAACUCUAGGACAGGUCUAACAAACUCACGCUUUUCUAGUCCAAGUUUAACAAGUUUACCUCUGUGUAUGGGGGAACCAAGGGGAAAAGAGGGAACUCACUAAUGUUCAGGAAGUCAUCACUGUAGGAAAUUGUGAAAAAGUGGACAGAGUUUGAAUGUUUCUCAGACAGACCCUUUAGUUUCUGCAUCAGCUGUGAGCUGCUCCCGUAGCACAGUCACUGCCUUGAUAGUGCUUAGUGGAAGGUAAAGUGCUCUGAAAACAUCCUGGCCUCUCUUCUCCAAAGUAUGUUUCAAAACAAAACACACUGGAAUUCUAUUACAUGUCAUCUUUAAAUCAAAGUACAAUGACUUUAAUAUUAAAAAAUACUUCAAGUAA